AAUGUUAGAAUUGAAUGCAUUAAUAUUAGUUCAGCUGUUAUGUGCUGCCACCUAGUGACCCUCUUUGGGAUAGUUGUCCAUAUGUUAAUUAUACACAUCAUUCAAGGUUAAACCUCCCCCUAAAGUUCACAGGAAGUGGAAGAGCAUCCAUUUUGAGCACACACAGGCAGCUCACAAGAAGAGGGACAGACCCUAGGAUCCUUCACCCUUACACAGGCCCUGGUUACAUAACCGUCUUUUUACAAAAUAAACUCUUCAUAAGGAUAAAGCUUUCAAGUUAUUCAACUCACAGAGCAGUCUGAGUAUUCUUUGCUGAGUCUUAUGUGGAGUGUGUUAAGCUGGCUGGUUAACCUAUAUUACGCAAGGCACAGUAUAGUGUGGAAACAGUACAGUAAAAAGACGGUUGCAGCAGACCUGUAUACAGAAGCGACUGCAUCCUAAACAUGAGUCUGAGAUCGGGGAAGAAGUAUAUACCUGAGGAUGGGCCCCCCAUGAGACAGCAUGGCAGGGAGAAAGCUAGCGCCCAGCAAGAUGAGUUACGGUCACAUGUGUCCAAAUCAUCUAGGUCUAGCAAGAUGUCUGCAGCGAGUUCCCUAGCACUCAAAACACGAGCGAAGGCAGAGGCCACACGUGUACAGCUAGCCUUUGCAGAAAAAGAAGCUAACGUGAAAAGAGAAAUCGCAGAAAAACAGGCUAGCAUGAAUAGAGAAAUGGCAGAAGCAGAAGCAGAGCUGCAAAUUCUGCAGUGUCAGAGAGAAGCUGCCGCAGCAGCAGCUGAAGCUGCGGUCUACAUAGAAACAUAUUCAUCAGAAAGUGAGGGAACCCAUGAAGGCCCAGAAAUGCCGGAGAAACCUCUUUCCCCUGCAGAACGUGCAAGUGAGUACAUUCAGUGGGUUUCUAGUAUGCCAACCACUGAACGGUCGAUUAAAACUGAGCCAGCAGAAGUAUAUAGGCCUAAGCCGGCAGCAGUUACAAGUACACCAAGGCAGCACUACAGCGCCAGUGACGUCAAACCAGCUAUAAAAUAUCCAGCAGAAUACCCAAGAGACAGAAUUCAGAGUUUCCCAUUGCCUCAGCCUAAAGAUUGUGCGCCUGAGCAACAAUGCAUACAAGAUAUCACUAAAUAUCUGCUACGCAAAGAAGCAGUUAACUCAAGCUUCAUCAAGUUUGAUGACUCCCCUGAAAAUUACUGGGCCUGGAAGUCCUCCUUCCAGAAUGCAAUCAAAGAUUUGAACCUUUCAGCCUCAGAGAUGCUUGACCUGAUGAUAAAAUGGCUAGGCACAGAGUCAGCCGAACAUGCAAAAAGUAUGCGCAGAGUGCAUUUGUUCAACCCUUCAGCAGGACUUGAUAUGGCUUGGCAGAGACUAGAGAAAAAAUAUGGCUCACCUGAAGUAAUUCAGCGAACAUUACAAAAAAGGUUAGAUGCCUUCCCCAAGCUGACCAACAAAGAUGCCAAAAAACUAGAACAAUUGGGAGAUCUUCUUCUGGAGAUAGAGUGUGCCAAAGAAGAGGGAUAUCUGAGAGGUUUAACAUACUUGGACAAUGCUAUUGGUCUUAAUCCCACGGUGGAGAAGCUACCAUACCACAUGCAAUUAAAGUGGGCAUCUGUCGGAACCAAGUAUAAAGCAGAAACAGGAGAAGAUUUUCCCCCUUUCUUUGUGUUUUCCAGGUUUGUGCAGCAACAAGCACAGAUGAAGAAUGACCCCAGCUUUGCCUUUUACAGCAACCGAGAUCAAUCACCUAAACCUGAAAGGCCUUACAGAUACCACGGUAAGACCUCUGUGUCCACACACAAAACAUUUGUCCCUACAGAAACCUCACACUCUCAAGCCAGCAGCAAGGAGGGCAGUAUAGAGAGCCCUGAUAGACAAUGUCCAAUUCACCAAAAGCCCCAUCCUUUAAAAAGGUGUAAAGGAUUCAGAGGCAAACCUAUAGGUGAAAGAAUGUAUUUUCUCAGACAGAAUGGCAUCUGCUUCAAGUGCUGUGAAACCACCAAACACAUAGCCAGAGACUGUAAAAUAUCAGUGAAGUGCUCAGAAUGUGGCAGUGAGAAACAUAUUGCAGCUUUACAUCCUGACUUACCUGCGCCACCAGCAGAGACUGUACAAGCCAGGACAGAUCACGGCAGGGAGCUUAGUGACAGCUCACCUCCUCCAGUAAUGUCUAAGUGCACUGAAAUCUGUGGCACAGGCAAGAGCUUCCGAUCAUGCUCUAAAAUAUGUUUAGUGACUGUGUUCCCCUCUGGACAAAGAAAGCGAGCAGUGAAAAUGUACGCAGUCCUCGAUGAACAAAGCAACCGAUCUCUUGCAAAGUCAGACUUUUUCAACAUCUUCAACAUUAAAACUACUGUUGCUCCAUACACUUUAAAGACUUGUGCAGGCGUUACAGAGACUGCAGGCAGAAGAGCCACAAAUUUCAUUGUUGAAUCCUUUGACGGGAAAACACAGCUCCCUUUACCAGCAUUAAUAGAAUGUGAUAUGUUACCAGAUGACAAGGAAGAAAUCCCUUCUCCAGAAGUAGCUUAUUACCAUCUCCACCUCCGUCCAAUUGCUAACCUCAUACCAGCUAUUGAUCCUGAGGCUUCCAUACUUUUGCUCUUAGGAAGAGACAUUUUACAAGCACACAAGGUGCACGAGAAAAUCAAUGGUCCCUUUAAUGCCCCUUACACACAAAGACUUGAAUUAGGAUGGGUAAUAGUAGGAGAAGUUUGCCUGGGAUCUACACACCAGACUAAUAGAGUCAGUACCUUGAGAACAUCUGUGUUGCCGAAUGGGCGUACCACCUUGUUGAACCCAUGUCAGAACAGGUUCACAGUCAAAGAAAGUUUUGAUAACCUAACGCAUUUCAGUGACUCUUCUGUGUGCAGCCAAGAAGACAUCAGCUUCAAUCCAGAGACUGAUAAGCUAGGAACAACAGUGUUUCAAAAAUCAAAGAAUGAUGACAAGCAAGCUCUAUCCAUAGAAGAUCAAGUGUUUCUUCAGAUCAUGGACAAAGACACCUAUCAAGAUGACAGCCACAGCUGGGUUGCUCCAUUGCCUUUUCGUACACCCAGGUGUAAAUUGCCUUCCAACAGAGAGCAAGCCAUGGUACGUCUCGCCUCACUUCGCAGAACUCUGCAUGGUAAGCCAGGAAUGAAAAGAGACUUCACAGAGUUCAUUAAAAAGAUGCUGGACAAUGAUCACGCUGAGAUUGCAAGACCACUGGAACAAGGUAAAGAACACUGGUAUCUGCCGAUGUUUGGCGUUUACCAUCCACACAAACCUGAUCAAAUAAGAGUUGUAUUUGACUCCAGUGCUGAGUGUGAAGGCGUCUCUUUAAAUAAUGUACUGUUAAGUGGCCCUGACUUAAACAACACAUUGUUAGGGGUUCUCAUACGCUUUAGGAAAGAACCUAUUGCCUUUACAGCAGAUGUGCAACAGAUGUUUUACUGUUUCUUGGUGAGAGAAGACCACCGAGAUUAUUUAUGUUUUCUGUGGUACAAGGACCAUGACAUAGACAAAGAAGUAGUUGAAUAUAGAAUGAGGGUCCAUGUCUUUGGAAACAGUCCCUCUCCUGCUGUUGCUAUAUACUGCAUGCGUAAAGCUGCUCUGACAAGUGCAGAACAAUUUGGACAAGAUGCCAAACACUUUGUGUUGAGACACUUCUAUGUAGAUGAUGGACUUGCAUCUGCCAGCACCCCGGAGAUAGCGAUUGACAUUCUGAACAAUGCAAAACAGAUGCUGGCAGAAUCUAAUCUGAGACUUCAUAAAAUUGCAUCAAAUAGCACACAGGUCAUGAACACCUUUCCUGCUAAUGAUAGAGCUAAAGAAGGACCUCUGCCUGGGUACAGACACCCUGCCCCUUCAGAAAAGUUUGGGACUGAGCUGGGACCUAGAAAGAGACUCUUUCGUCUUUCAGCACCUGUAACUAUAAAGGGUAAGGCACUAGUUCGUGAACUGUCAUCUAAAAAAUGUGAUUGGGAUGCAUUACUCCCACAAGAAAAACUACAUGAGUGGCUUCUAUGGAAGGAAUCCUUGCAAGCUUUGGAACACAUAGAGAUACCCCGGUGUUAUGUGUCUACUCCUCUGUCAGCAGUAAGUAGAAAAGAACUGUAUGUAUUUUCAGAUGCAUCCAACACAGCGAUAGGUGCUGUAGCCUACUUGAAAACAAUUGAUGUUUGCAAUAAGUGUUCGGUUGGAUUUGUUAUGGGAAAGUCUAGGUUAAGCCCCAAACCAGCACACACAAUUCCACGUCUGGAACUAUGUGCGGCUGUUCUAGCAGUAGAGUUGUACGAGCUCAUCAGAGAUGAAAUAGAUAAAGACUUAGAUGCUGUGCGAUUCUUUACAGAUAGCAAAACUGUACUAGGUUACAUCUGCAACACCUCCACAAGGUUUUUCUUGUAUGUUGCCAACCGAGUGAAUAGAAUCAGGCAAGUAACCCAUCCUGAUCAGUGGGCUUAUGUGCCAACAGAACAAAAUCCUGCAGACUAUGCUUCAAGGCCUACAAAAACUAUUCAUCUGCAGAAUUCUAUAUGGUUCUCAGGCCCUCCAUUUCUCUACCACACAGACAGAGAGGAGUUAGGCAAUUCAGCAGAAAAUUACCCACUUAUAGAGCCUGAAGCUGACCCUGAAAUUAAACCUACAGUUGCAAGCUUCAACACCAAAGCUUCUGACAUCUUCCUCCAUUCACAUGUCUUUGAGAGGUUUUCUGACUGGAUGUCGCUGUGUAAGACUAUUGCCAGACUUAUCCAUGUAGCUAAGAGUUUCCAGAAAGAGCCAAGCAAUAUACACUGUAGAGGUUGGAAAUGUUUCCCAGAGAAAGUCAACUCAGAGGAGAUCUCGCAGUCUAAAGCUACAAUAAUCUCUUCCGUUCAGCACGAAUAUUUUAAAAAAGAGUAUACCUGUUUAAGUGAGCAUAAAGCACUUCCAAAGCAAAGUAGGCUUAAGAAACUCAGUCCUUUUAUUGAUAGAAAUGGACUUAUGAGAUUGGGCGGCCGAUUGUCCUUUGCGGCACUGACUGAACAAGAGAAGCAGCCUGUCAUUAUACCUCAUGAUCAUCAUAUUGCCAAAUUGAUUGUGAAACAUUACCACAAUAAAGUGGCACACCAAGGGCGUCACAUAACAGAAGGCGCAAUCAGAGCUGAAGGUUUCUGGAUCCUUGGCGGCAAGCGUCUGAUAUCCGCAGUGAUCUACAAGUGUGUCAUCUGCCGUAAACUGAGAGGGAGAUUAGAAAGUCAAAAGAUGGCAGACUUGCCUGAAGACAGAGUGACUCCUGAACCACCAUUCACCAGUGUAGGCAUUGAUAUUUUUGGUCCAUGGUCAGUGGUGACCCGCCGCACAAGAGGAGGUAGUGCUGACAACAAACGCUGGGCGGUUCUCUUUACAUGUCUGUCAACAAGAGCUGUACACAUUGAACUGAUCGAAACUAUGUCAGCUUCCAGCUUCAUCAAUUCUUUAAGGAGAUUCUUCUCAAUUCGUGGUCCAGCAAAGUUGCUCCGCUCUGACAGGGGAACAAACUUUGUAGGAGCUUGUAAAGAAUUAGACAUUUGCAUAGCUGACUCAGGAGUACAAGACUAUCUUCAGAACAGAAGAUGCACAUGGAUUUUCAACCCUCCACAUUCAUCUCACAUGGGAGGUGCCUGGGAAAGAUUGAUAGGUGUAGCCAGGCGUAUUUUGGAUGCAAUGUUACUCCAAGAUAAGUAUACACGUCUAACCCAUGAGACUUUGAGUACCUUUAUGGCAGAAGUUAUGGCCAUUAUGAACGCUAGACCUCUGGUACCAGUCUCUUCUGACCCCGACAACCCCAUGGUUCUUACUCCUGCAAUGCUCCUGACUCAGAAAGUGAACUCUUUGUCAGCCCCUUUUGGUAAAUUUGAAACAACAGGACUUCAUGUAAAACAAUGGAAGCAAGUUCAAAAUCUGGCUGAUACUUUCUGGAAAAGAUGGAAAAGAGAGUACUUGUCCAACUUGCAAAGCCGCAGAAAGUGGACCCAAAAUCGCCCAAACAUCCAAGUGGGUGAUGUCGUGUUAGUGAAAGACAGUCAAGAAAGCAGGAAUGAAUGGCCUGUGGGACUCAUCAUCAACACUCUGCCAAGUAGAGAUGGCAGAGUUAGGAAAGUGGAAGUAAAGAUUGUCAAACAAGGGACUGCCAAAACGUAUACAAGGCCAAUUUCGGACAUUGUUGUUCUUGUUUCUGAUAAUACUUGA